AUGCUGGCCCGGGGAGGCGCAGCCAUGAAAGGUGAGCGGCUCCUGCUUUUGAGUGGGAUUUUUCUACUCCAGGGCGUGCACAGCUGCCCAGAGAAGUGCUUCUGUCACCCAUCUUUAAACUUUGUAGACUGUCGUCACCGGGGUCUGACUGAGAUUCCUCCCGAUCUGCCUCCUCAGACUCUGACGCUGCUCUUGCAAGAUAACCAGAUCCGCCAGCUUCCUGCUCAUGUGUUUAGGUCAGUUCCUCGGCUGGUGACCUUAAAUUUGUCCAACAAUUCUCUCUCACAUCUGGUCCCCGAAGUUUUCCAUGGACUUCGGCACUUGCAGGUUUUAAACCUAACUCACAACUCCCUGCUCUCCCUGGAAAGCAGACUUUCCCAUUCCCUGCCACAGCUGAGGGAGCUUGACCUGUCGUCCAACACCAUAAGCCACCUCCCCACGUCCCUGGGCAAGCCUUGGGAGAACCUGACCAUGUUCGCAGUGCGAGGAAACCAGCUCCAACAUCUCGAUCGCAGGCUCCUAGAGUCCAUGCCCAGCAUGCGGCUGUUACUUCUCAAGGACAACCUCUGGAAAUGCAAUUGCCACUUGCUGGGUCUUAAACUCUGGCUGGAGAAAUUUAUCUACGCAGGCGGAAUAACAGAUGGUGUCCUCUGUGGGUCACCUGACAUCUGGAAGGGGAAGGACCUCCUCAGGAUUCCUCAUGAGCUGUACCAGCCCUGCCCUCUUUCCAUUCCGCAUCUGGAGGUUCAGCAGCAUGACGUGGCCCACGAAGAGGUCCCCAAGUCUCCUGAGAACCACAACUCUGGGGAGCGAGACCCUGUGUCCUGUGAGGUCAAACCCAAGCCGAGGCCCACCAAUCUGCGCCACGCCGUGGCCACUGUUGUCAUCACUGGGGUUGUAUGCGGAAUCGUGUGUCUCAUGAUGUUGGCAGCCGCCAUCUAUGGCUGCACCUACGCCGCUAUUACAGCCCAGGGACGUGGGGGUCCCUUGGUUCAAACCAGUGACUCUGGGAAGACGGGAGGAAAAGAGGUGUUUGACCACUCACCAGCCUGA